GCAACGAGACCCAGCGCUAACGACUCGUUCAUCUUCGCUAGUAAUAGAUUCAGAACUGACUACGGAGUGAGACUUCCUGCGACGUUGAUGUUAAAGAGAGUCGAAAGAACUGAUGAUUACAUGUACAUUCUGAAAAUAUCUUAUUCUAACAGUAUGCGCAAAGGACAGGAUGAAUCUUCUGUAUCCGUUGUUGCAUUUGCGCCUCCAAGUAUCACGGACGUUCCAGAUGGAAAGGCAGAUGUUGAGGUUGGAAAAGAUUUGACACUGACAUGUAAGGCAUCCGGUGAUCCACAUCCACACAUCACUUGGACAAAAGAUGGCGUCCCAGGAAGCCAGUUCAAUGCUUCUGGUUACCUGCUUCAUCUUGUUAAAGUGCAGAAGAAGGAUGCAGGAUCAUACAUAUGUACAGCGAGUAAUGGUUAUGGUGAUGAUGCCACCAGUGUUAGCGUAGUUAACGUUAAAUUGCCUCCAAGCAUUAGGAUCGCCCCAGAAAGAAAGGCAGAUAUUGAGGAUGGAAACGAUUUGAUGCUGAUAUGCUAUGCAUCUGGGGACCCAAAGCCGACGAUAACCUGGACAAAAGAUAGCGUAUCAGUAAAGGAGUUCAAUGCUUCUGGACAAUUUUUACAUCUAGUUAAUGUACACAGAAAGAAUGCAGGGCCCUAUAGGUGUACAGCUAGUAACGGAUAUGGUAACAAUGUUACGAGUGUCAGCAUAGUCAGUAUAAAAUGUGGUGACAAAUGUAAAACGGAAAGAAUAGGAAUAACCAUGACAGAAGAGAAAUGGAAUCAGUCUUUGUCAGAUAAAGAAUCAACUUACUUCAAGAAUUUAGAAUCUAAAAUUUUAAUGGCGAUAUGGAAUGUUUAUGGACAGAAAACUGUAAAGGAGCUUUACAGGGUGUCAAUUGAAGAAUUCAGACCUGGUAGCGUUGUGGCCAUUGUGCAGCUGGUGUUUGAAAACUCAACCAUUGAUCCGCUGCAACCACUAAAGGAAGAAAUUUCUGAUGGACAUCUGGUUUCAAUCCUGGUCAACCCUGCAUUGGAUGUUGACCCAAGUAUUCUACCCACAGCAACAACAAACCUUAAGGAAAACUUGGUAACGGAUGCCGAUUGGGUCAAUGAAAGAACGAUUCUUCACGCUGUCUAUUCAUCUGCGAUUGGUCUCCUUGUUGUUGUUAUCACUGUUCUAGCGAUUGUACUUUGUAUGAGACCAAAUGACAAAGGUAAUAUUUUCAGAAUCUUUACGACAACUUCCUUACAACGCAUACCCUCCAAGGAGACAGAAAUGUUAGCAGAUUGCAUUUUAAAACAACCUCUUGACCCUUAAAUCCGUUUGGAUUGACAGACGUGUUUGUAUUUUCAAGUGUCGUGUUCUUUGAAACACUUAUUAUUGGUGAUUAGAUAGGAGGAGCUGGAGUGGUAGGAAACUUGUGAUGGGUGAUUUACCUUAAUUUCUGUAAUUAAAAGUAGUGGUUGUGGUAUGACUGAAUUAAGAGUUAAGGAAUACAAACACACUAUUGUACAAGGAAGUGAACGUAUCGUUAAGCCCUAUUCGGUGGGUGAUGGGCGUACAGACACAAAUAU